AUGCAGGGGGACAGAGAAUGGGGGUUGCGGUCAGUUCAUCACCCGCUGUCUGCUGCCUCUUCCUGCUCGCAGUCUUCCCCUGCUGCAAUGUGGGGUCCCUCCCACGGGAGAUACUCCUCCAUGAACUUCUCCAAUGCAGACUAUUAUGCCCAACAAAUAAAAGAACUGGAAGAGAAAUCAGAAAAAGUCAGAGAAAUUGGCCAAAUUCAAUUAGAACUGAAAUUAAUAAAGGAGUUCUUCAGGGAGAAAGCAGCUAUGGAGAAAGAGCUGGAAGAUGUAAAGAGUAUGGAGAUUUCAAACAGCAGACAUCAGGAAGUGGUUGUGAAAUUGGAGAGGAGGUUUCUUGAAGAAAAAAACAGACUGGAAGAAGAUGUUGAGAAAAAGCAAAUAAUGGCAGAGACUGCCCAGAGUGAGGCUGUUUUGCAGGUGAACAGCACUGGGAGAGAGGUGUUUAAGGAGAAUGUUCAUCUUCACAGCACAUUUGCUUACUGGCUGAAGGAGACAGUGGAACUGCAGAAAAUCACGGAACUUAAAACUCUUCUGUUACAGGAGAAGGAAACCAAUGAGCGUUUGAUUCGAAAGAAGAUGCUACAGAUAAAUUGCCAGAAAGUACAGAUUGUAGAUCUGCAGAGUAAAGUGGAAAAGCUGGAGAUGGCCAUAUGUCGCAUGACCAGAGAAUCUGUGAGAGAGACUCAGAAAACACAGCAUCCAGCGCUGAUAGAAAACCAGGUGAGCAUGGUGGAGAUCAAGAAACUGCAGCAACUAGUAGAAAUGAAGGACCAGAAGAUGAACCGAGUGAAGGAACUAGCCUGGAAUAUCUUAAGAGAAAGGUUCUUCCUAGAUGUUCUGCAACAUGUGAAGCAGGAGAUCAUAUCCAGUAGAAAGCACUAUAAGAAAAAGGCCCAAACUGCCUGUUACAGAAAAAUGAUGGAGGCAUGUGCAGGGAAGGAAAGAUUUCCCAAAAUCAAAAUAUUCAAAAGCAACAUAAACAGCACAAAUAGUGUGUACAGAAACCUAGAGGAAGCAGAGAAAUGCUACUGGGAAAAAUUCCAGUUUGAAAAAGUGGGUAUCAGUGAGUUGACAUGGAAACAGAAAGAACGUGUUCUGCGAUUGCUUUUUGCCAAAACGAAUGGCACAAAUCAAUGGAAACGCACCAGAGCUUUGGCUACUUCAGCUCCAGCUCCUGAUGAUACUGAUAAAGAAAGCAAAAUUGGCACAGAAAAUACUUCUCCCAAUCUCAUUUUCGUUACACAGCAGGCCAAAUUAUCAGAGUCAUCAUCUUCUGCAGUAAUCCUUCCACAUAUUCAGAUGUUAACACCACAGAGAGACGAAGGCAUCUGCACGCUUUGCAUGAACAACAGCCACAACAAUUACCGACUCAUCUGCACUUUUCAUUUUGCAAGUUACCUUGUGAGCAAAGCUGCGAAUUCCAAAUCCUCUGUUGCACUGCAGCUUUGA